UUGGCGGUUCGUUUUGCUCUUCACAUUUGAAAGUUUUUGAUCAAUUCCAGCGCGGAAAAUGGACGUUAAAUCAUUUCGGAUAAUCGGUUUGGUGUAUGUCGUGUUUUGCUGGAUGUUUUCCGCUCUUGGAAUCGUAUACUCAUUCUUUCACCUAGUCGUUGUAAACCCUUUCUGGGCCAAUAUCUUGUCCUACGAUGACGCUAUCAACUCUGCGAUUGUCACUGCCUGCUUAUUCGUAUUCACACUGUCCUCGUUUUUUGUCGCAUUCGUGAAAGAAGGAAUAGAUGAGGGAAAGGCUUCCUUUAUCCGAAUAUACCGGGUUUUCGUGAUACUUCGAAACCUCGCACUGUUCGCUUUGUGGACCUGCCAGUACGCUAUGCUGGAAGAAGCACGAAUUCAUGGAGACGCCUCGUCGAAAGUGAGGAAUGGUGACUAUAUCACCCUCGGGCUGUUUGUUGGAGCCAUAGUCAUCACCGGUUUGGAGCUGUGGAUUCUUAACGGUAUUCAGUGGUUAACGGAGCAGAAACUCGUCGAAGAGGAGUGCACUGAGGCGGCGUAGAAUCGUGUUUGCUAAUAGGGAAUUCUGUUAUAUAGUUACCCAGGGUUCCUUCAACUCAGUUCGCUGU